AUGAAUACUAUCCGCAAACAGGAGUUGGAUGAUCAAAUUGAGGAUAUGGUUGAGGUUGACAAAAUAUCUUUCACAAGUUUUGCAAGCUCCGACGAUGGCGACCUUCGAAUGUCUGUCCAACAAAGCCCUAUUCCGUCUAAUUUUUCCGAUUUUAAGACGGCAUCUGAGCUAUCCCUUCACUGCCAGCAUAGGUCUGAUUCUGAAGAUGAAUCAGCGAGUAACAGCCCUUCGUGCUCAAGAGUUGAUACGUCCUAUCCUAUCCCUACACCAUCCUGCUCAACAGUGGACCACGAUAUUGUCUCUGAUUCAGUUCCAAAAACGUGCCCAAUCUCCUCAUCAUUCUGCAUUGAUCACGGAUGGAUAAAUAAUCUCUAUAUUACUAACGAAUUGCCACCAUUACCAGAAUUUGUUUCUGAUGAGCCGUAUUGGAGGGAAAUGGAGCAAGAAUUCAUAGGUCUUCGUCUGCGUGAUGCAAAUGUGUCGAAGGACCUGGAAGAGUCAAAUACGUAUAUGUAUUCGCUUCGUCUUACACUGGCUGCAAUGGAGGAGGCGCGAUGGUUAAAUGACGUGUCGAAGGAUCCUGAGUUGUCUCGCUUGGUUCACGAGAUUGACCCGCAAUUCCCCAUUGCUGUGAAUCGCAUACCUGAAAGUCUGGGAAGCGAUGGAUCCUCUACUAUCGAUAUUAAUGGAGCAAGUGGAGACUGCCCUUCUGACAUGUUAUGCCCAACGUUUGAGAUUAAGGACGAUAUCGCCACCAAACCGGCGUUCUUCAGAAGCAUGAGAAGACCAUCUCGACGUUCACGGAUUGCGCACAAUACGGUAACAGGUUCGCCUUCCAGGAAACCUGAACCAACGUGGAGUGAAGUGGCCUCUGCUGCACUGGAGAGUUUUACGAAUAGAGAAACUUUACGUGAUGAGCGAGUCUCUCAGUGGAUGGAUGAGCUUCUUCUGUCGUUGCCCAGUACCUCACAGAGCACCAGUGAGGAAACGUGCCAGGGGGAUUCUUCUCGAUCUAGUGUAGAAUCUGACUGGACUCCUCCGAGAGAAUCAUGGAUUUAUACGCUUUGGAAAUCUGAGAGCGUAACGGUUCUGCUUAAAGCUCAGAAUUAUCGGUGUUUUGGGUGCGGAAUCCGGGUGGAGAAUGAAUAUAUAAAACGGGUCAAAUACUGUGAUUAUUUCGGGGAAAGUUUUCUGUCAAUGCUGUCACCAAGUGAAUUUCCUGUCUGUGAUCUUGCCUUACACUUUUUGUUAGAAGUUCGUGAUGUGCCUGCAAUUCACGUAAACGUUGUAGCUCCACAAAUGGUUGAAAAAAUACGGGUCCUCAAACAUGUGAUUGUGUUACGAGAGAAACUUUCAUAUAUGUGGGAUUUUGUGAAAGGAUGCCCUGAUGCAGAGAAUACAGAGACGAAGAACGGGCAGUGA